CCUUUAGUCUGCAAUGUGCUCGCCCUGCUUCUUCAUCAGAUUAGGGUUUUCUCUCUCCUGCGGCGCAUUUGACAGAUUUAUAGAGACGGGGGUAUUCUCCAUUGGAAGAGUCUGUUUUGGUAAAUAGCUGAUCCUUGCUAGUAUGUGUGCGCGCGCGCGCGCGCGUGUAGUUCCCUCAUUGUUUCAUGCGUUAUUAUCUUGAGCGGUGGCAGAUCCAGAAAUUACUUGAAUUGGCAGUGGCAGUGUCUACCAGAUCAAUUUGGAAUCUUUGGAAUUCUACCCAAAGACCUAACGGCGCUAAGCCCAUGUCCCUUUAUUGGUUUCUUAAUCUGCAUUAACAACUAGUUUUGUUUAAUGGUUAUAAUCCCACUAAGCAUGAAUAUACUGAAGAGAGUUUCUGGUUUUAUUUUAGUCCAUUUGGAAGCUCACUGCCCAUUGGACCUGGGCUGCCCCACAAGGGCAGUUCAUUCCCAUCGUUCGCUCCUUCCCAUCCCUCCCAAGGAAAUGAAUACGUCAAACCCUGCAGUGUUUGUCAAUGCAGAUUUUUUGUCUCAGUAUGUUGGACGGAAAGUUCGAACAGUGGUUCAAAUUCUGCAAGUUGACAGUGGAGUCACAACAGGGAAAUCUACAGACGACUGCCAAUUGAUUAUAAAAGGCUCUCCUCCACCCUGUCCUCUGAUGAGUUAUGCUGAGGUGAUUGGUAUUGCGGACUCUGAGCAGUCCAUUUGCGUUGAAAUAUGGACCAAAUUUGGUGAAACAUUUGACACCCACUCAUACAAUCAGCUGUGUCAACUUGCAAAUGGGGAACUUAAAGUUUUGUUCAUUUAAAUGGCUGCAGCAAAAUUUUGCUUGGGACAGAGAGAAUUAUAAUACAUAUUGGCCAGAACCUUGACAUAGGCAAGCUACUAUUACUUAUUUAUUGGAGCACCGAUUUUCUCCUCAACGAUCUAGCAAAUCUGUACCUAAGGUUUAGUCGAUGUUAUAUAUAUAUAUUUGUUUGAAGGCUGAGUUGAAGCAAGUCUCUCCAUUUCUUAUAUUGUUAUUGACAAGGCUAAGUUGGGGUGGAAUUUGGAUCCUAGAUUUGAGUUUGGAGACGUUCUUGUAAUUCUUGGAAAAUUAUGAUCUCUUUGUUUUACAGCCUGUAUAGAAGUAAAAUGCAAGGGAAUUAAAACAGUUGGUGCUUUGUAGCCUUCUAAAGGAAGUAAAAUGCGGAUUUGGAAAGAAUGCCAUAUAAAAUUGUAUUGAUUUUCAUCAAAAUUACACAAAUUUAAAUUCUAAAAUAAAAAAUUAUAUCUUCAAACAUAAUCCAAGGCUGUAUAUAAAUUUUACCCAGAAUGGUAGAGCGGUGAUCCAUUUUUUAGUGGUUCAUUCCUAGUAAACAAACAAAAACAACAUUAUACAAAUAGUAAUCAAUCCAACCAAGUGGAAGGCAAGAUAUUCCUUUCAAGAUAAAUUUUUUGAAAUUUUUUUCACCAAAUGGCCACUACCUUAAUCAUUGAUCUCUAAAAUAGUAGAUGGUCUGUCAUGUCAGAUUGGUUCAGUGCAAAAUACCCACCAAAAAUUCUCCACGCUUGGUAGAAAAUUUUCUCAUUCCUGAGAAAACCAACCCACCUCUCUCUCUCUCUCUCUCUCUCUCUCUCUCUCUCUCUCUCUCUAUGCAGUCACAGACCAGUAUCCUAAACCCAGUUUCCUGCGAAUCAAAUGGAAAUCAAUCGGAUCCUCAGGAGCUUCCAUCGGAAUCCUUCUUGGUCUCCAAGGAAGACGAGAUCGAAUGGCUCGAUCACAACGCAUUCAUGGAACGCAAGGACUCCAUCAAGGUAACUGUUUUGAGGAAUUUAAAUUCCAUUUCUUCUCAACGGUCAUCCUCAUCUUUGACUUUGAAACCCAAUUCCAAGGCAUCUUUCGUUGGUUUUCCAAAGCCGUGGAAAUCCUUUCUCGGGGGAAAUUUCCGGCACAAGAGCCGGUCCAAGAGAAUUUGGUUAUUCCUGAACCGGUCCGAUUCAAGGAGGAGGCCGAUUGGACCGGUUAAUGAGCCGUCUUCUCCAAGAGUGUCGUGCAUGGGGAGGGUCAAGUCGAAGAAGGUCCGAAGUGGGACAAAGGCAAAGAAAGGACUGUGGAAGAGUUUUAAAGCGGUUUUUUCUACGCGUUUUCAUGGAAACUAGAUGGUUCGAGUUAAUGAAUGAAAAUGAACCGGAGUUAAAAGUGCAGGUUGAGGGAGACAGCAAGUGGGCGACCGGUUCAUGUAGCGGCUCAGAUCUGGUGGGACACCUGAGUCUCCUGGUGGGGCCAUCUAUACCUGGAGACGAAUCUGCAUCUGUCAAGGGCCCCACAAAUGGGAGUAGGAGGGCUCAUUGCCCAUUCCCACUUUACUUGUCUUUCAUGGUCAGUGUCAUACCGGCCCAUUUUGGUUUUUGUCCUCACGUGGAAAAAAUAAAUUGUUCUUCUGUUAUCUUUUCACUAUUAGCUUCAUGAGUUUUAUUUUCUUUCAGAAGAAUAAAUUUUAGUUGUAAAAUUGGAGUACGAAAUUGUAUGGAAUGAGAAGUUCAGUCAUAAAAUGUUUUAAGCGAGUAAUUUUCAAAUGCAAAUGAUAAUUUUACCACUAAACAAGCACUGGAUCUUUGUCAUUUUUUUCAGUUGCAAGAUAUUUACCUACUUGAUUAAACCUUAAAAUUGUAAUGAAUUAUUUAAAGCAAUAAAAAAAUAUACUUUUAAAAAAAAAAUGUAAAUAUAUUAAAUAGAUUUUAAAAUAUUUAAAUUGCAUUUGAUAGGAUAAAUUUCAAAUCUUAAAUUAAGUGUGCAGCCAUUAGUUGUCUUUUUUUUUUUUGAUUACGCACUGGUAUCCACCUGUCCAUUUUACGGUCCACGUGACUAAUCCUGCGCCUCUUGAAAUUGACCCCACAACUCCAAAGGGAAAGUAAAUUCAGGAAUUCAAGACGAAAACGAGACCAUUAGUUUUGUCUUGUUUGAGAGAGAGAGGCAUUGGACUUCCUUUUGUGCCCAAAAACAUAGCAAAAGCAUUACAACAAUCACGCUUGUUAUUGUUCUCAAUUCAAUCUUGAGAACUCGAUGGAUGUUUACUAUCACCAAAUCAAACCAAGGGACAAUUACGAACAGAAGCAAAAUCACUGAAGCUACAAUCUAGGUAGCCAACAUUAACAUCUGCAAGCCUACAAUUCCCCACUAGUUCUGCCACAGCUCCAGGCUUGCAUGACCCAAUACACGAAUCAGUAAAGAUCACCUUCCUUGUGGGUGUGUAUCACACAAUCCGAAGUUGGGUACGAGACGCAUGUGAGCACAUACCCAUUCUCCAUCUGCUUAUCAUCAAGAAAUGAUCCAUCUGAUUGAUCCACUGAGCCAGAGACCAUCUGCCCAGCACAGGUAGAACAAGCCCCAGC